AGGCGCGCUCUGUCUCGGACUGACACCGCAGAGCCGCCGCUGAGAGGAGCAACCGGCCCACAGCUCCACACCAGACAAAAUAGGGAUCUUUGUCUCCACUCCUUCCAGCACCAGUCACCUUCAGACCCGCAGACAGCAGGGAGCAGCCAUGCCUUUCGGUAACACGCACAACGAGUGGAAGCUCAAGUACUCUGCGGAUGAUGAGUUCCCCGACCUGACCAAACACAACAACCACAUGGCCAAGGUGCUCACCAAGGACAUGUACGCGCGCCUGCGGGACAAGCAGACCCCCAGCGGCUUCACCCUGGAUGACGUCAUCCAGACCGGCGUAGACAACCCAGGUCACCCGUUCAUCAUGACUGUGGGCUGUGUGGCUGGAGACGAAGAGACCUAUGAGGUGUUCAAAGAGCUGCUGGACCCAGUGAUUGAAGACCGUCACGGAGGAUACAAGCCCUCAGACAAGCACAAGACCGACCUCAACGCAGACAACCUACAGGGUGGAGAUGACCUGGACCCAGCCUACGUCCUGAGCUCCAGAGUGAGGACGGGACGCAGUGUUCGUGGGUUUGCUCUGCCACCACACUGCAGCCGCGGAGAGAGACGCGGCAUCGAGAGGCUCUCCAUCGAAGCCCUGGACUCCCUGAGCGGAGACCUGAAGGGGAAAUACUACGCUCUGAAGAACAUGACUGAGGAGGAGCAGCAGCAGCUCAUUGACGACCACUUCCUGUUUGACAAACCCGUGUCUCCUCUGCUCCUGGCCUCUGGCAUGGCUCGCGACUGGCCCGACGCCCGCGGCAUCUGGCACAACGACAACAAGACUUUCCUGGUGUGGGUGAACGAGGAGGACCAUCUGAGAGUGAUCUCUAUGCAGAAAGGAGGCAACAUGAGGGAGGUGUUCAACCGCUUCUGCACCGGACUCACCAAGAUCGAGAACCUGUUUAAGCAGCGCGGACACGACUUCAUGUGGAACGAGCACCUGGGCUACGUCCUGACCUGCCCCUCUAACCUGGGCACCGGGCUCAGAGCCGGAGUCCACGUCAAACUGCCCAACAUGAGCAAGCACCCACAGUUUGAGGAGGUGCUCAAGAGGCUCAGGCUGCAGAAGAGAGGCACCGGUGGAGUGGACACCGCGGCGGUGGGCGGAGUCUUUGACAUCUCUAACGCCGACCGUCUGGGCUUCUCAGAGGUGGAGCUGGUGCAGAUGGUGGUUGAUGGAAUCAAGCUGCUCAUUGAGAUGGAGAAACGUCUGGAGAAGGGUCAGGCCAUCGACGACCUGAUGCCCUCCCAGAAGUAACUCUCCUCUCCCCCCUCCCCCUCCUCACCCCGUACACUCCUGACUGACUGUCCUGAAUGCACUGUACCACGUUUGGUUUGCUCUAUUUAAGAAACGGUUGCUGUAACGGAGGAAGGAUCUGCAGUAAAUAAAAAUGUUCAACAGUCAAA